AUGUUAUCGAAAACAAGUGCUACUGAUUCUUUUAACAAAUCAUUUGAGAGAAAAGCAUUGCUUGCGACUAAAUGGUGGCCGAGAUAUCUAAAUGGUUCAGAUCAUUGUGUGUUUUGGUCUGGAGUAACUUGCAAUAAAGCAGGAAGUGUAGUUUCUAUACGUAUAAUCAACCAUAUAGCUGCAUCUAAUAGUGUCAAUGAAGGUCCACGUGAUCUUCGAAGCCUAGACUUUUCUGCAUUUCCGAAUCUUGAGAGCCUUUACAUUCAAAACUUUAUGCUUGAAGGGAGCAUUCCAGAGGAGAUUGGUUUGCUAUCAAAUCUGACUGAGCUCUCACUUACUUGGAAUCGCCUCUCUGGUAUGUUACCUGUUUCACUCACCAAUCUCGCCCAUUUAGAAUACCUUGAUCUUUCUAGGAACAAACUCAGUGGUAACUUACCUGUUUCACUUUCUAAUCUUACCCAUUUAGAAUUCCUUGAUUUUUCCAGAAACAAUUUCAGUGGUAAUUUACCUGUUUCACUUGCCAAUCUUACCCAUUUAGAAUACCUUGAUGUUUUUAGCAACAAUUUCAGGGGCAAGUUCCCGGUUUCACUUAACAAUCUCAUCCAUUUAGAGUACCUUGAUAUUUCUAUUAACCAUUUCAGUGGUAGCAUACCUGUUUCCCUCACCAAUCUCACCCGUUUAGAAUACCUUGAUCUUUUUAACAACAAUUUCCGGGGUAACUUUCCCGUUUCUUUUAACAAUCUCAUCCAUUUAGAUUACCUUGAUCUUUCUAGAAACAGUUUUAGUGGUAAGGUACCUGCUUCACUCACCAAUCUCACCCAUUUAGAAUACCUUGACCUUUUUAGCAACAAUUUCAGUGGUAAGUUACCUGUUUCACUGAACAAUCUCAUCCAUUUAGAGUACCUUGAUCUUUCUAUAAACAGUUUUAGUGGUAACAUACCUGUUUCACUCACCAAUCUCACCCAUUUAAGAUACCUUGACCUCAGAGAAAACCAACUUACUGGUUCAAUCCCACCAUCUUUUGGUUCCAUGGUCAAUCUUAAACUCCUUCACUUGAGCACAAAUCAACUGAAUGCAUCUAUCCCUCAGGAACUAAGUAACUUCCAAAGUCUAGAAAGUUUGAACCUGGGCGACAAUAAUCUUGAUGGCGCCAUCCCUUUAAGUUUUGGUAAUCUUACCAAACUGGUGUAUUUAUACCUGUACUCGAAUUACAUCAGUGGCCCCAUCCCUCUAGCGUUAUCAAAUUUGACGAAUUUAGAUGAUCUUGAUCUUAGUGAUAAUAGUCUUGGGGGUCCUCUUCAUCAGGAAUUUGGAAAGUGGUCGAAACUUUCUUAUCUCGAUCUUUCAUUCAACCAUCUAUCAGGAAACGUCUUGAAGUUUCAGGCCCCAUGUAAUCUGCAGCAUUUAGACCUAUCUAAGAACCUUUUGACUGGAGUUAGACUAAGUGUUUGCUAUUAUUUAGACUAUGUGGACCUUAGUUGUAAUAAUUUAGUAGGAGAAAUACCUCUUUUGAGUAUUAAAAAUCACUCCUGUUACAUAAAUUUUUCUCAGAAUCAUCUCACUGGGAUAUUUCCUUAUAAUUUACUAAACCGGUAUGGAUAUAUUGACUUAUCAGUCAAUGACUUCACUACCAAUAACUCCAGUAGCAAUGACUUCUCUGGAAAAUCUGCCCACAAAAGAAACAAACACAUUGUCUAUUUGGCAAUUUUUCUUCCUCUCUUCCUUGGAAUUUGCUUCUUAAUACUUUUUUAUGCACUUUACCGACGUCUUAAAAAGGCUACCAUAGAGGCAAUUCAUCUUGAAAUGAUAAAACAUGGAGAUGUGUGCUCAAUAUUGAAUUACGAUGGAACAAUUGCAUACGAAGACUUCAUCACGGCUACAGAGGAUUUUGACCUCAAAUACUGCAUUGGAACCGGUGGAUAUGGCAGUGUUUAUGAAGCCAAACUGCCCAGUGGUAGGGUAUUUGCUUUGAAAAAACUCCACCAAUUUGAAGCAGAUCAGCCAGCAUUUGACCAGAGUUUUAAGAAUGAGUUGGAUUGGAUCAAGAGGGUGAACAUUAUCAAACAGGUAGCUCAUGCCUUGGCAUAUAUGCAUCAUGAUUGUAUACCACCAGUCAUUCAUAGAGACAUAUCAAGCAACAACAUUCUCUUGAACUCAGAAAUGGAGGGAUUUAUUGCUGAUUUUGGAGCAGCACGAUUGCUUAAUCCUGAUUCGUCCAACCAAACGGUAGUAGCAGGAACCUUAGGAUACAUUGCUCCAGAACUUGCCUAUAGCAUGACCGUGACAGAGAAAUGUGACGUGUAUAGCUUUGGGGUGGUGGCACUUGAAGCAAUUAGUGGUAAGCAUCCCAAGGACCUUCUAUCUCCAUUGAAACUUUCUACUGGGCAAGAUACAUUAUUGGACGAUGUAUUAGACCCGCGGCUGCCUUAUCCCAAGGACUUGAUCCGAAUGGAAAUCGCUCGUGUUUUUCAAGUAGCAUGGACAUGCAUUCUCACAGAUCCAAAGUCCCGGCCUACAAUGAAAAUCAUUUCACAAGAGUUUUUGCGUUAAAACAAUCAUUUUCGUAUUUGUAUUGUGAAAACCAU